AUGCACCAAGAGCAUAUCCAGCGGCUCACCUCACACGAUGCCGCUGUGCUGCGUGCCAGCCACGAGUUUCCGACCUUUACAGACGCCUUUGCCCGCGUCGCACAGGUCGGACUGCCAGAGCUUGAGGCGGAAGUUGGCAGGAUUCCUUCUUCACAGAACGUGAGCAGUCCCUCACACGGCGUGGCGGUGUCGCUCUGUCUCCCAGCACUCGCGUGGGACAUCACACGAACAUGCGUUCUGCCUGUCACAGACGAGGUGCGACGAAGGACAGAGGCAGGGGUGGCGAGUGGUGUCACAAUCCCAGCAGCAGCAGCAGGCGGCACAGAGAAACGAAACCGCGCCGCACUACGACCUGGUGCGCUUGAGCUCUUUGGCCGCCUGGCCGCCAUCUGCACUGAUGUCUCCGUGAGUGUCUGUCUGGAAGUGGUGGAAUGCUCCACGGGGCAAGGCGACGGCUGCCCCGCCGAGGUGUCUGCCAGUGGGAAGGCGUCUGGUGAUAGGGGGGGAGACGGCGGUGCCGCUGCACGCCCAUCGGACGAGUCGCCGCUCUGCCUCCUUGUGCGGCCCCUUGUGCCGGAGAUGCGGUGGCACUGUGGCCAGCAGAUACCCCUUGCUGAGAAGCACAUGGGCGGGCAUCCGCCUACGAGCCGCAACCCUUCAUGUCGUGGUGAUGACGUUUGCUCUUCUUCCCACGACCGUCUCCCAGAUAUUAGUGGCCGAGCAAGGAAGCGAUGCAAUCUUGUGCGCCUGGUCACCGUGUGUCGAGUACGCGGACUGUUCUAUAACAUCCCAGUGCGCCAGACCCCGUAUGUGGGACUGGUCGGCACCUAUAGCUACGGCGUUCUCACCGGCAGCAGCGGCGAUGAGGUUGCCUGGAAGACUGUGAAUGAACGCGAUCAGGAGGAGCUCUUUCGCCGCCGCACCUUGUGGGCCUGCAAGUCGGCGUCUGCCAUGCAGGCACGGCGGGAGGAGCAGCAACACCUCGUGGCGGUUGUGUUUCAGACCGCGGUGUGUGCGCUGUUGGCACCGCUGUAUCUGACCGACAGACCUCUCGGCGCAAGUGGAGGCAGAGACGCAUCGCUGCCCCGGUGCUCUUUCCCGGCGCACGGUGCCUCAACGUUCUCUGCGAAGCUAAUCGUUGACUAUGACUUCUGUGCGGCCGCGGGCGCUGCCCGACGUGCGCCAGCUGAGACACUCCCGCUGCGCCCUCUUUCGCUCUCUGCACCGCUUCGCUGCGCCUCUGCCCCGCGCACAGGUCGUGAUACCGGUGGCAUACACCCUGACGCCGUGGCGGCGGCGGGACUGCGCGUGGAUCAUCACGGCUUGUACAGCGGCGCUCUCCGGGUGCGUCAGGCAUCACGAGAGGCGGGCAUGGGCGGAGGAUCGGGACGCCGACUCACACGCGGCGAGGCGACGGCGCGUCGUCUGUGUCACGCAUUCGGGAUCUCGGUGCCAGACCCCUCAUCUGCCCCAUCACCGUCCGCCACCCGUGCGAGGGUGGGUGCACGACGAUGGUGUCCAUCUUCUGCGCCCGCCGCGAGCCGCGAAGGCGGUGCAUGGACCCCGGAGGAGAGGACGGCAGAGGGAGUGUUGACAGAGGUGGUGGUGCAGCCUGGACAUUUUGCGGUUCUCUUCGCCACCUCUCCCCCGCUUGGCGUCAGCGCCUUCCCUGCCCGCCAGACACCGAGCGCGGCAGAGAGCCUUGCCCUUUCCCCGCUUCCUGAGCGCCACAUGACCUUCUUUAUGAUACUCGUGCGAGAUGGCCAACCCCAUCCUCCGGAAGACGAUGGCUGUCGCGGUAGAUCAGUUCCUCCGUCUUCACCGUUGUGUCCGACGCACUGCCGUGUGCUGGAACCUACGCACUGGGCCUACGGCAUUGUCGCCACCAACGCUCAUCGACAUCACCACAGCGCACAUCCGCUGCCAGGGGGGCCGAUCUCAGCACCAGCGGUCCCUGUGUUUGUGUUUGUUGACAGCGCGUACGUCCCUGCCCGUAUCUCCGAGGCCCGACAGCGGGCCCGACACGGAGAUUCGGGACAGCAGUCCUUUCUGCGGCUCUACGACGAAGCACUGCGGCGCCUCACCAGCGGUUUGCGCGGGUGCGCGAGUCGGGAUGGCCCCCUCAGGGAUGACGAGAACGUUCUGCCGGCCCAAACGACUCCUCCGCACACGGCCACCCCGGCUCCGCAGCAGCGGCCCUCUUGCACCCCACACCAUGUGCUUGCAAAGCAGGAAACUGCGAAGGUGCAGCUACGAGUGCGAUAUCUCUGUCAACGGGUGCUGGAGGCCGCCGCCGUUCCUGGGACGCAGUCGUACGUGCCAGCACCGCCCUCGACAAGGCACAGCUCUUUGACCGCGUCUUCGGAGGGUGUGGCUGGUCGCACUAGAGCUCUGCAUCACGUGCAGCUCAACUCCGCCUCGCUGCUGUGGUUAAGCGCCACCGGCAGCGGAGUCAACCCCUCGGCAGCUGCGCCGCGUCGCACCCCCGUCACCCUCGACCGAAAUCUGCACCGCAUCACCAGAGAGGAAGAGGCGGAGCAGGCCGCACUGUACUCUCGCCCUCCUUUGGAAACAGCGCCAUCCUCUCGCGAGGCGUCUGCCGCUGCACAUCACUCGCCGGCUGCUCAGGCCUCCAACACGGUGGAAGGGCUAACGCGAAUGCGACACCUCCUGGACACGGGGCGUGGGAGUGCGCUAGGUCGACUGCCCCGCGCCUGUGCGGCACCGUGUCCCUGGAUGCCAGAGAGGGGACUCCACAGAGGUCCCGAAAGCAAUGACGCUGAUACGGCCAAAGGUGCCACAAAAACUGCCUCACCAGAUGCCAUACCACCCAUCACCACUGCCUUCUCAGCGGGUGUCUCGGUGGUCCAGUGGGCGCGCAAGUUUCUGAUCAUUGCUUCCCCUACCACCCCGCAGCGUGCGUCCAAGCCAAGCUGUGGCCUUGCAGCAGUGCUUCCUGAAGGGCCAGUAUGCCGUCCUCAACCACACGCAUUCCAGUGGUGGGUCGCAGAUCAGCAUGCGGUGCACGAGCGGGUGCGGCUGGAGUUCUUUCUCUGCUUCGCUGACACCUACGUGUGUCAUCCCGAGCUGCAGCGUGGUGUGGAGCGCGCCGCGAGUGAGUGCUCGAUCGCUGGCUCUGGCACGGUCUCGGAAUGCGUGCCUCCUACCUCCUUGUCGCUUAGCCCCCACGCACGGAAGGCACUCGAGCGUCGGCGCCGCGUUGCAGAGCUGCUGUGGUCGCACGCAGUCACUGGCGCCGCAUGUUCGCCGAGCGCGUCUUCGGCGGCGGCGUCAUUCUCUGUCUCCCUCCCGGCUGAGUGGCGUCUGCGUGUAACCGCCGUGGAGGCACAUCUGCGUCAGUGGGGAUGGCGGUUCCAUCACGAAGCUGUGGCAGCCGUGGACCGAAGAGAGAUGCAGUGCAGCAGAGCUGUUGCCUGGGCCAAUGACGUGCGUGUUGGCCAGUCCGCACAUUCAUGCACACGGCCCUCACUGACCACGGCUAUUGUGGCAUGGCCGUGCUUGAAGGUUGAGGGGGUCGUUCGCCAUGUCACCUCUAUCCAAGCACUGCAGCGAACGGUGGAGGAGCUGGAGGUGGUGGGAGCCGCAGCGACUGCCGAAUGUGGCAACGCUUUCAUGCCUCCACCGUCUGCUCUCACGGACCCCGUCCCUUUAUGCUGCCACUGUCCGCUGCUCAUUCCCUCGGUGUUUCUCGACUUCUUCAUCUCCCGUUCCUGUCGCGGGGCCAUCAUGUUCGGGGACGUUCUUCGCCCCACCGCGGCGCGCACUAUGGUGGCGGCGCUAGACUGCGUCGAACAGUACUACGUGUGCUCGCACGGCCGCCCCUCCUUCACCCAGCUCACCCCUGCACACUAG